AUGUAUGUAAGAUAUUUCCUACAGCCCCUGAAGGCACCACAAGAGCCCAACAGAGGAGCUGUGAUUGGUGGAGGGCUGCUGUCGUCAGAGGGCGUUCUGAGGAAACCAGAAGCAGUGAAAGAUGGGGGUCAGGCCUCGUCCAUGGAGGGCGUCCAUGUUGUGGUAGUUGGGGGGGGUCGGGGCAUCGCGGCGGCUCAGCAGCUGAAAUCUGGAGGCAUAAAGUUCACUUUGAUCGACAUGAGAGACGCUUUUCAUCACAACGUGGCGGCGCUCAGAGCGUCUGUACAACCAGGCUUCGCCAAGAGGACCUUCAUCCCGUACGGCGAGACGUUUGGAGACAGUUUUGUUCAGGGACGAGUUGAGCGAGUCGACACCGAGAGACAGACGGUCGUCCUGGAGGGAGGGAGGGAGUUCCAGUACUCCCAUCUCAUCCUGUGUACUGGGACCGACGGAGCGUUCCCCGGGAAGUUCAACACGGUGGCGUCCUACCAGACCGCCGUCCAGAACUACGAGGACCUCGUCAAGCAGGUCCAGGCUGCAGACUCGGUGUUGGUGGUUGGAGGAGGAUCCACUGGUGUGGAGAUGGCUGCUGAGAUCAAGACAGAGUACCCAGACAAGAAGGUGGUUCUGGUCCACUCCAGGACGGCGCUGGCCGACCCGGAGCUGCUGCCCAGCGUCAGACAGCAGGCCAAGGAGGUUCUGCUGGAGAAAGGAGUGGAGCUGCUGCUGGGUGAGAAAGUGUCCAACCUGUCGGAGCUGCAGCUCAACGUGACCCGGAGGAACACGGAGGUGACCACUGACAGAGGAACACAGCUGACCUCAGAUCUGAUCAUCUGCUGCUCCGGACUCAAGGUCAACUCUGCAGCCUACGGCUCCAGCUUCUCCGGCUGUCUGGCCGAUAACGGAGCUCUGAAGGUGAACCCUCACCUGCAGGUUCUAGGUUUCUCCAACAUCUUCGCUGUGGGUGACUGCACCGACGUCAACGAGCCCAAAACGGCGUACAGCGCCGCGCUGCACGCCGCUGUCGCCGUGAGCAACAUCACCAACAGUGUGAGCGGGAAGGAGCUGACCUCUUAUCAACCAGGUAACGUCACCAUGUUGCUGGCGAUGGGCCGUGACGACGGCGUGGGUCAAUUAAACGGGUGGAGGUUGCCUCGUUUCCUCGUUGCCCUGGUGAAGAGUCGAGAUCUGCUGCUGUGGAAGAGCUGGAGGGAGAUGCAACAGCAGCAUCCCUGAGACACACACACACACACUCAUCUUGGUGCUCCUAUACUUGUGAGGACUUAGGUGACUUUACACACUCAACCAGAAAAGAUCAAAUAGUUUCUGAUUCUCUGCUGGAUGUUUGAUUUCUGGCGGACGGGAGCCGAUCGAUCUCAUUGAUCCGAACACGUCGUCUGCCAGACGUCUAACGAGCAGCUUAACGUGUUCAACCUUCAUAUCGGGACGCUGCCUCAUGCAGUGAAGGACGACGGCUGAUCUCAGGUCUGUGCUCGUUGCAUCAUUUAGAUCAGAUUCACAUUUUUUGCAGGAACUUUUUAAGAAUAUUUGGUUUGAAAUACAAAAACUAAUUUGACUUAAAUUGCCACAAAGAAGCUUCUUUUUGUGUUUUUAAAGUUUCACAGAUGAAACAAAAUGUUUCAGAUGCUUUUUAAUUAGUUUUAUACAAACAAGUUUACUGUAUUUUCUCUGAACUGAUGCAAAGCUACUUAAAAAUAAUAAAUGUAGAAUAUGUACGUGGACCAACAGCCUCAUCCAGCAUAUGAAGAGUUCAUUAAACCAUUUGUGCCAAUUCAACAUUUCAGCUUGAAAACAUUUAAAAGGAAACACAUUUAUAAAACUGCUUCUUUAUUAUGUCAAAAACAAUAAAUACAAAUAUUUUAACCCGGAACAUUUUAUAUUCUGAUCUCAUUCAUCAACAGCAGAAAUAUAAUAAAAGUGUGUUCAUACAGAAAGUCAUCAUCAGACAGCUUUCAUUCAGCUCGUUGAUCAGCUUC